CACGUGGUGAUAGAUGUCUUAUUUACUCGACAGAUACUUUAGCAAUAUACACAGAACGGAGCUCUUGUAUGCGACAACCUUAUAAAUGUACCUGUCAUUUUGAAAACUACAUAUCCCGACGGGCUAUGCAACGUGUCAAAUCUAACUGCGGAAUCAGAAGAAUCCAUGUACAUCUUUCACGCGUUUACCCGGUCUUUUUAAGUGCAAAUGUGCGCUUCUGCGGUUUAGUUUUGAGGCACGAGUACAGGAUUUUCGUUUUUUCUGCUGUUGUUAUACUUCCUUGUCAUGAGAGCUGGUCAUAUGGGAAAAAAAUGGCCGCUUAUUUCUACAUCUUUGCAGGAAGUGUUGCUCCGGUCGUAUUUGCUGGCUCCUUGACAAAACAACAGAACUGGAGCAACGGCGUGAUGAGCGGAGCUCUUUAAAGUUUGAGGAGGCCGCAGUGAGUCAGGCUCGUAAUCCCGUGAGCGCGGCUGGCAGGUGCAGGAGUUACUAACUGCGUGAAUGCCAUACGGCAUUUAAUUUCUUUAAUUUCAGAUAAUGUAGCGUUCCAGUGUGACAAUCGCAUCCUCUAAAUCUACAUAAAACAUCCCGGUGCUGUAAAAACCGGGUAGUGAGCGGGGCGGGAUUACAUCCGUUCUGUCACCGAGGUUUGGGAGCUGCACUUUACGACACGCUGGCACUGAAGACAGCCGGUGCGUUGUUCGUGUCUGCGAUGCGGUGUCAGCGGAGUCCUUAAUCUCCGGACGAUUGCUGUUUUCCUCCAUGUCACUCUUGUACAGCUGGAAAUAUGAUCACCUCCCCUGACCUGGUAGCCUUUACGAAAGAGGAUGAUUUUGGCGACUCGUAUACUGAGCUGGACUCCUUGCCGGAUGAGUUCUCCGUGCCUCUGUUUUCGCACGAUGAAAACAAGAAUCCUUGGUCUAAGACGUCUUUUGCCAAAUUCACCAAGGAUUUCAUUCUCAUCUCGGAGUUUUCGGAGCAGGUUGGACCCCAGCCUUUGCUGACGAUACCAGAAGAUCCCAGGACCUGUGGCUCUUUUGACUUAAAUUAUUUCUCUCUCAGGAUUAUGUCUGUGGACUACCAGGCUUCCUUUGUAGGUCACCCCCCAGGCUGUGGGUACCCAAAGCUUAAUUUUGUAGAGGAUUCAAAAGUCGUCCUUGGUGACUCUAAAGAGGGGGCAUUUGCCUAUGUGCACCACCUCACUUUGUAUGACCUGGAAGCCCGGGGCUUUGUCCGUCCAUUCUGCAUGGCGUACAUCUCUGCAGAUGAACAUAAGAUCAUGGGCCAGUUUCUAGAGCUUUCAUCAGAGUUCUCCAAAGCAUCGGAGUGCUUGAAAACAGGAAACAGAAAAGCGUUUGCCAAUGAACUGGAAAAAAAACUGAAAGACCUGGAAUACACCAGGACUGUACUUCACAAAGAAACUGAACUUCAGAAAAAAGCCAAUGGCUGCUAUUCAACCCAAGCAAUAGAAAAAGCAAAUGAACUGGCAAAUGUUGAAAAAUCCAUAUACGAACACAAAGACCUUUUAAAACAGAUCACUUCCUAUCCCAACCGUAAAAUCAAAGAUCCCGAGUUUCUGCCCUAUGAGCCGGAUAAUUUAUUCAACUCAGCUGGACUGGACCAGGACCAGAUGCCUAACAGCUUUAAUACGGAUGAUCCUCCAGAAGAUUCCAGCUAUGUUCGUAGGCCUUCUUAUACCCCUCAGUUUAUCAAGGCCAAGUCUGCCAAAUGUUUUGAUAAACGACUGAAAACACUGGAGGAGCUCUGUGAUGUGUAUUUCUUUAACCAAACUAUGGAGCAGCUAGCACAGAUUGAAAAAAUGUUUAGGGGAGACCUGAUCUACAUUUCUACCAACCAAAUUUUUGGUGCACUUUUAAAGAAGCAGAAGAUUACAAACUUUUUGUUUGAAGAUUAUGAAGACCACAGGGAUGAAGUUGAGAGAGAUGAAUACUGCCAAAAGCAGAAUCCAUGUAGUGCUGCCGAGCCUGCCCUUAGUGAGCCAGUGAGUAUUGAAGAUUACACAUCCUGUGUAGAGACGGUGCCUAUUAAGUUAGAUCAAGAAAUUACAGAUGAAGAGCUGCAGGAGGCUGAACAUACAGAGUCCAGUCCGUGCGAUGUUACUCGGGACAACUCUGAGGAAGCUAUCGAUGUAGAUAUUAAGGGAAGCAUAAGUAGUGGAGAUAGCAUUGAGGUAUUGGGAACUGAGAAGUCCUUCUUGACUCAGGGAAAUUUGAUUAAAUCUGAGAGUCAACCCACUUUACUAUCUCCCAAUUCUGAAACACUCAGAAAAAAAGCUGUCAGUAAGAGGACAAAUAGCGAAGACAGCAUUGAGGUGCUCAGUACUACCGAGUCCCAUCUACCAGAAGAUUUAAGAGCCACUUACCCUAGUGCUAUUCAUGAAGAAGAGACAUACUUGGAUGACUCGGAGGACCAAAUGUACAAACAAGCAUUAACAGAAUUGGGACGGGAGGCUGGUCCAGAAGUGCAGGACAUAGAACUUUUCAAUCCUCAAGAAACCACGGAGGUCGACUCGGCCUGCUGCAUGGGGCAGGAGGGCCUCGUCUUUGAAGAGGCUAUGCCAGAGCUCGCCCAGGAAUGUUCCGAUAAUGGGGUCAUUAAUGUGGCUCCCCAGUCGUGUCGACAGGGAGAUCAGGCCUUGCAUGUGGACUUCUCUCUGGAUGACACAAGCUAUGCUCCAACAGAGGGUUCACCUGGUGUGCUGAUUUCAUAUGAUUUAAAUUCCAGCCUUCUCCCCGAAGAGUUGUCUAGGUUGAACACGGAUGAUAUUUCUGAUAGCAACAGCUUCAUGAGUGCAUCCACCAGCUCAGACAGGACUUCAUCUCCUUUUCUAGAAGGCAAUCCCAUUACUGAAAGACAUAAGAAGAAGGCAGGUCAGAGUGCUUUAAGAUUUAUACGACAAUACCCAUUUGCCCAGCAGGCAAUCUACAGCUUGCUGAGCGGGAGGACGCUUAUAGUGUUGGGAGCAGACGAAGGGAUGGUGAGGAAGCUUGUCAAUGCUUUAUCUAUCUUUCUGCCAAAUCUGGGCAAGUAUGGAGAAAUAAUAAAACCCUGGUUAACAUCACCCUUCCAAAUAACAGAUCUACAAAACUGGAAGCUGAUUGGACUUCACAGGGUUGCCUCCCCAAUGGGCUCCAGCUUGCUGUAUUCCUUGAACCGUUACAGCCGCUACAUCAGCAUCCUGGAUGCCGAUCACAAGACCCUGCGCUGCCCUCCUUACAGAGGGACAUUUGUCAGCAAGCUGGCUGACCACCGGACACAGAUCAAGCGUGGCAGCACGUACUUCAUGCACAUCCAAGGCAUGCUCACCCAGCUCUCUUCCACGGUGUUCCUCUACACGUUCUGCCACUACCUGCACCUCCCAAUUAGUUGUGAUGAGGAGGAGUCCUUGGUGGUUCAGCGACGGAUGGAGUUCCUCCACGUUCUUGGCUUUACAAACGAGGACAUCCGAAUAAUCGAGUUCCUGGCAGAGCUCCUCAAACAGCACUACCUUCAGGGGCCUGGCAGAGGAGCCGCUCCACCCAUCUUCAGAUUCGACUACACCUCUAGCUUCUUGUACAAAAUCUAAGGUGUCAAGCAAGGUGCAAAGGUGGAGAAACCAGCAGAUAUCAGGAUCGAUGAAUGUAAUUUGUUGUUGUUGUUGUUGUUUUUUUAUUUUAAAAGGUUCGUUGGGUGUGCUUUCAUUUUUAAAAGCAUGCUACACAUAUCAAGUGAAGUUAUGUAAGCAAGUAGGUUCAUGGAUUAAAAAAAAAAAUACAAGCUAAUUCUUGAAAUCUUUGCUGUGAGUUGUGAAAGUGCCCAGCUGGUAUUUCAAAAAAAUAAAUAAAUAAAUAAGGCUUGGUGGUUAAGGAGACAGGAGAGCCACGUCACGAGGCACCAUGCCACACUCUGACACCCUGGAAAAUGGGGGGCGUCUGAGUCCUUAAAGUGUCAUUCAUGUCCAUACUGUCCACAGGUUGUUGACUUCUUUAGUAAACUAUAUUAAAAUAAUUUAUUUACCAAAAAUGACAUCUUUAACUACGUACUGUUUAAUGUUGAGCCAUAAUUCUAAUAAAUAAUAAAAGGUGGAUAUUUUUGGUGCAGGAAUAAGCCUCAUUAUUUAUAUGCAAAUGUACCCGUAGAGCAUGACACACAUUCUGUCUGUAAGGUAAAUUUUUGUUUUUAUAAAGUUUUUUUUAAAGUGUUAUACAGCAUUAAUGGGCAGCAGAAUUAAAAGCAGCCU